CCGCGAUUUGUCGUGGAUUAUGGGGGUGCAUCCGACGUGUGGCUGCGUUCGUGUUAGGCCCCUGCCCAACUCGUUGUACAGUUCCUUGACUCCUCGUCACUUCUCUGCAUCUUUCGGCAACAAGAAAUCAUCGUCACGAUCGUCGUCCUUAUCUUACUCGUUCUUUUGCAUCUCCGGUAAGUUCGAAUUUCAUGGGUUUUGCAAGUUUUGUUAUAUUCCUUUUUCAAAUUCCAGGGUUGGGGGGGCUAGACGGUCUGGUGACCUUCCUGCUAUUAGACGGUCCAACGAGUUUGCCGUUCACAAUGAAGACGAUGACAGCAGUGAAUUACAAGAACAACGACGGCAAAAGGCACACGGCGAAUUUGGAGAUGAUGAUCGGGGGAGAGGAGUGACCGUUGUGAUAGAGGAAGCUAUACCCCAAGGCAGCACGGCAAUAAUCUUUGCCUGCUUUGUUGGUCUCUUCACUGGCAUAAGUGUUGUGCUGUUCAAUAUUGCGGUGUGUUUCACAUUCUUUGAAUCUUUCGUGCAAAAUGGAACUUAUAAUAGAGUAUUAUAG